AUGGGAUCGCUCCACGACUCUCGCAUACAUAAAUGGUUCGCAACCUCGCCACCAGUCGCAUGGACUGUAAGACAGUUACGGGAGCUGCUGAUUGGCUCCCUCAAACAGGGACCAAUCCCCCAGCAUGUGGCAUUUGUUAUGGACGGAAACAGGCGAUUCGCACGGAACCACCACAUUGAGACUGUAGAAGGGCACAACCUGGGCUUCGAGUCCCUGGCUAGGGUACGUAAUGGCCUGGUUUCAGCUCUCUUCCAUACUAACCCCUCCAAGAUACUCGAGGUCUGCUACAAGACGGGCGUCAAGGUGGUGACCGUCUAUGCCUUUAGCAUCGAGAACUUCAAGCGCUCCAAGCACGAGGUUGAUGCGCUCAUGUCCAUGGCCAAGGUCAAGCUCGAGCAAAUCGCCGAACAUGGAGCCCUUCUUGACCGCUAUGGCGCGUCCAUCCGGGUGCUCGGCCAGCGCGAUCUCAUGAGGAAAGACGUUUUGGCGGCUGUUGACACGGCAGUCGCCAUGACUGCGCAUAACAAGAAGGCUGUGCUCAAUGUCUGCUUUCCGUAUACCUCUCGCGACGAGAUCACCACGGCGGUCAUGAAAACGGUCGAAACCUACAGCACCCCCAUCCACAACCUCCCUACACCCUCGAAGCGCACCUUCUCCGAAUCACACAUCACACAACACAUUCGUAAGCAGAUGCUUGGAGAUGACGUGGAAGCCGGUGCUGAACAGCCCGGGUCGCGGUCUAUGUCCCCCUCAUCCAAGGACGCAAGCAAUCUAACCGAAGACGAGCUGUCGUCUUCGACUUCAACGGCCAUUAACCCUUCAGAAAAGGACGAUUCAAACGAUGAGGCUGCAUUCCUGGAUCCCGAGUCCAUCUGCGCUCAGACAUUGACGGACAACAUGAUGACUGCGGAUUCGCCGCCUCUCGACUUGCUCAUUCGUACUUCUGGCGUAGAGCGGUUGAGCGAUUUCAUGCUCUGGCAGUGUCACGAGAAUACGUCCAUCGUCUUUCUGAAGUGCCUGUGGCCCGAAUUUGAUCUCUGGCAGUUCCUUCCUGUCCUGGUGGAAUGGCAAUGGCAGCAAAAGAAGCUACAAGAGGAGCAACAACGAAUUCGCGGGCGACCGAAGUCAGACUAAAGAGUGCGAAUGAAUUCGAAUGGAAUUGCGCCCGGCGAAUCAGUAAGAGCAGUUGCAGAUAACGAGUUGUGUACGCGCGUUGGACGAUACCCCGAAAUGAAGCAUAGCCAGUGAUAGCAGCCACAAUGCAGAACAUCUCAGAUCC